UGUUUUGGGAGACUUGAGAGAAAGCGUGAGGAGGGAGUAUCCCAAAGUUUUUCAAAGAGGGGCGGCACACAUUGUUCUAGUGGAACUGUUUGCAAGAGCCCCGGUGACACACUCGCAAAACCAUUCGGAGGGUUUGAGAUGCAGGCGCACAUAUACAGGUCCGGUUUGUGAACUUGACAUGCUUGUGGUUCAUUAACUCGAGGCAUGCCGGUCUGACUGGUGUUGUACUUUGGACCUGAGGGGAAUGAGGAGAGGAGAAGAAAAGGGAAAGAGAAGAGAAGAGAAGAGAAGAGAAGAGAAGAGAAGAGAAGAGAAGAGAAGAGAAGAGAAGAGAAGAGAAGAGAAGAGAAGAGAAGAGAAAGAGUCUUUGAGGAGUAGGAGGAGGACAAGAAUGGGAUAGAAGAGGCAAAGGGCAAAGCAGCAGUUCUCACAGCAGUCGAUAUGAUGGACUGAGGCUGGACAGCAGGGGGGACAAACUAGCCGAUGGACAUGGGCAAAGAGCGACUCACCCGGGGACUGCUGCUGCGUCUGGGCAUCCUCCUCACCGCCGUGUGUGUGUGCGUUCACGUCUACCUGGAGACGGCGUGGCGGGGAGCACCUGCGGCCCUGACACAGGGACGUCCCACGCAGCCCGACAGAGCCAAGCAGGUCCCUGCAGCAGAGGCAGGGCAGCAGGACAGGAGUGUUAAGAGGAGAAUCUCUUAUGUUCGAACACUAAAGAAGGAAGCCAGGAAGAGGGAUGAAGACCCCUCUUCGCCCUGCUGCCUGCCUCGCCGCCCGCACAGAAAGGCUCUUCGGUGGCACAUAGACUUGGAGCCCUGGGCCAGUGAGAGCCGUUCUCUGGAGGACGAGGCUAAAAGGUUCCUCAGCUACAUCACAACGCCACAAGUGUCCUGUGCAUCGUUGGUCAGCAAGGAAGCAGCUCAGCAGGGGACCAAGGGUGCCUGGGCUGCCUGUCUGGACCCCAAGUACAGCCUGACCCACAGGAUACACAGCAAACACUGCAGGGUUUACUCUUUUGGGUUGGGCGUGGACGACCGGUCCCUGGAGGAUUCUCUGGCCAGGGCGGGAUGUGAGGUCCACUGCUUCGAUCCAAGCUUGAAGCAGCCCCACCUGCAGCGGGACGACAUGUGGCUCCAUCGGCUCUCCGUGGACUGGAGGGAUCCCAACCCGGCCGUCGUCGCCCAGCGUCAGUACACCAGCACCAAGAAACUGGCCACCAUCCUGAAUGACUUUGGGCACAGACAGGUGGAUGUACUGAAGGCGGAUAUGGAGAGCGCAGAGUGGAAGAUCCUGGAGAAUCUGGUCCUGGAGGGGGUUCUGGAGUCGGUGGGUCAGCUGCUGUUGGAGCUUCACCUGCACUGGGCGGGCUUUGAGGUGGGCGGCGAUGACCCGUCGGUGGUGCGCUUCUGGUUCAGCCUGCUCAAGGAGCUGGAACGCGCCAACUUCCGCCUCUUCCACGUCCACAGCAACCCCACCAAACCUCGUCUCUUCCUGCACAAGAACGUCCUCAACGCCAGUAGUGCUUACACCCUGAGCUGGGUGAACACAGAGUGGAGGCCUUGAGGCGUGGGAAAGGUCUUUUGAAUGGAAAUGUAACUAGUGUGUAUGUGUAACAAGCCCGAGUGCAAAUUCUCGCCUGCUCUUGUCUGGCCUGACCUCUCUGUGAAGCUUAAAUCCCUGCUCCUACUUAUCCUCCCACCCUGUAGUGACCUCAGCCGUGCAGUGGGGCAGAGUAAUGUCUCCGGAGGCUCAGCGUUCUACCUCACAGUGGCUGCAGGUCAGCCCUCCGAGUCGCACUCACCUCCUUCAUUAUGGUCCCAUCUGAGCUUGGCCCACAGCCAGAUACUAGACAACAUUUUCCUAGAUUACCACAGGUCUGAACAGGCCCAGAGUCUACAGCGGAAAUACAACAAUGAAUACAACACCAAUUAAAGGAAAUGGAUACACAAUGUUUGGGGGGGGUGGUUGACAAGUCAGGCCUGUUGGAGCUGCUGAGGAUGGAGAGAACAAGCAGAAGAAUAUGGGUAAUACAAGGUCAAGAAAAGAUGGGAGCAGCCCCGAAAGGAACAGAACCACAGCUGAACCUUAGAACUGAAGCAAAAAAAAUGCAACGAUCAUGUGAAGAAAGCGAUAUCUCUAGAUUUGUUCUGCAUGUUUGCUUGAUAUGUGAGAGAGAAUGCGUGGGAGAGUGUGAGGAAUAAAUGAAGUCAAAUCAUUAUUUUUUUUUUUUGGCAUAUUGGGAGUUUCCUGGUUUAUAAUAGAAAACAAUGUGAGAUCCACACAGAUGAAAGCAUUUUUGUCUAACUCUCACUGUUUUUGGUGUUCAGUUGAUGUUCCUCCGUUAUCUCUGCUGCUCCAGAACUUCAUCAAACUGUAUCUGGGAAUAAUGGCAGAGGGCUGACAACCUCAAAAAAAUAAAAUAAAAUAAAAAAUAAUAAUAAUAAUCCAUGUUCAAACAUCAGUCAAUUAAUGUUAUGUGCCAAAUCUUUUGAUGCAGUUUAAUAAAAGAGAUGGAACAAAGAUUUUUUUCUGGGACUUUAAUAAAAAUACAUUUCCAAAGAAACAACACUUUGAUUUUCUUAAUAAGAGGGACAAUUUACAGAAUGUUUAUUUCCACAAAAGGGAUGGUAAUACAAUUGAAAGUUUUAAACAAGGACUACGGAGGAAUACUACACAGAGAAUGCAAAUUAAAAUAACAAAACAUUUAUUUGAAAAGAAAAAUCACAUGGUACCCCCUCUCAUAUGCCCUUUGCAGUAGAAACCAUUUUUAAAAAGUACACUUGUGUUCAUCUUUGUACAAA